AUGGCCACUAACAGAAGAGAAAGUCGACACAACGCCGAUUUGGAUGCCUCGAUCAUAUUGAUCCCCACAUUCAAGCACUGGUAUGCGUAUCAGCUCGUGUACCCAUGGGCAUUGUUCUUCGUCAAAGCUAGCAUCUUGGCUCUCUACCAUCGAAUCUUCACCCAAACCAAGUUUCGCUAUACUGUGUACGGUGUAGCCGCAUUUGUUGCUGUUCAGACAAUCGUUGUCACAUUUGUCAACGCCUUCGAGUGCGGAAAAGAACCAUGGAGAGCCUGGUCCCCAACCUUUCCGAAAGGAUGUAACGACCUUGCCAAGACAUACUUCUCGAUGGCUUCGGUCAACAUCCUCACCGAUAUCUUUAUCCUAGUUAUGCCGAUGCGAGCUUUUGGGCAACUGAAACUUCAACGGACCAAGCGAUUUGCGCUCCUCGGUGUGUUCAUGGUCGGCGGCGUAGCGGUGAUUGCCUCUAUCGUUCGACUGUACGCUCUCUAUGUGUACGCUGUAACGGAUGAUCCACCAUACGAUGAUAUUUUCAUCCUCUUGCUCUCGCAAAUCGAAGUGAACGCAGCCAUCAUAUCUGCUUCCGCCCCAGCGCUCCGACCACUUCUUACCAAGGCAUUCGCAUCCUCAUCCCACAACUCAUCCGGUCAAUACCCAGUGUCCUACGGGGUUGGUGGACCGAACUCUAAGAUGUUCAGCCGUACUGCUCGAACGCGUUCAAGGGGACAUAUGGAGCUAUACUCAUUCAAUGGAACAAAAAGGGGGAUACCCGGAAUACAAGUGAAGAAUCCAUACUGGGCCCCGAGGGCAUUACAAAGACGGUUGAAACAAGAAUCGAGGAAAAUUACUUGGGAGAUUCUAUCAAUGGAGGGCAUGGUAGACAUGGGGAAACCCAAGGGUAUGAUGGUGUGA